AGUCCACGUUCAGUUGUCACUGGUAUGAACCUAACCUAUUUAUGGAAUCUGUUACGCUCUAUAUACAUACUAAUGAAGAUUGUCAUAUACGAUCAAUUAUUUCCAUUGAAUCCUACUAUAGAUUAAUUGUACCACUAUUUAGAGUAGUUACAUUUCUUUUUGUGAAUAUAUGAUACACAAACGAUCAUGUCUAAUCCAUCCCGAACGUCCAACGAACCUUAUCGUGAAUUAGGAGAAUUACAUGGUUCUGAAUUGAAUAUCAAUUCAGAAAGUAUAUCAAGAUGUAGUAGAAACUUUGGAAAUUCUGUUGAACAUUCGAUGGAACUAUCCUCAGUAGUAAUCCCAGAUGAUACAUUUACUGUAAUCCAAGCAAUCAAUGCGUUAGGAUUUGGUAAAUUCCAAGUAAAAUUAUCUUUAUUUACUGGCCUGUGCUGGAUGGUGGACAGUAUGGAAAUAACAAUAUUAAGUAUUUUAAGUCCAUCACUACAUUGUGAUUGGGGUAUAACUAGAUAUCAGCAAGCUUUAACAACCACGGUGGUUUUUUUAGGCAUGAUGUUAAGUUCUACAUUUUGGACUAAUUUAAGUGAUAGAUAUGGUAGCAAACAAUCCUUGACCUUAUGUGCAGUAUUAUUGCUUUAUUAUGCAUUUUUGAGUGCUUUUGCACCAAACUUCCUUUGGAUUCUAUUACUCAGAGGCUUAGUUGGUUUUGCUAUUGGUUGUGUACCACAGUCAGUAACAUUGUAUGCAGAAUUUUUACCAGCAAAACAAAGAGCUAAAUGUGUGAUUUUAUUAGAUUGUUUUUGGGCACUGGGCGCCUGUUUUGAGGUAGCAAUAGCAUUGGUAAUAAUGCCAACUUUUGGCUGGAGAUGGCUUCUCAUUUUAUCCACUAUACCACUUCUUGUAUUUGCUAUUAUCACUCCGUGGUUACCAGAAUCUACAAUAUUUGAUAUGACAAGUGGAAGAAUGGACAAAGCUGUUUCUACUUUAGAACGAGUAGCUAGAGAAAAUAAAAAACCUUUACCUCCUGGAAGAUUAGUCAUGGAUCGUUUUUAUCAAGUCAAUCAUGGUAAAUUAAAAGACGUGCUAAGUAAAGAAAUGUGUAGAACGUCUACCUUACUGUGGCUUGUGUGGAUGAGUACGGCGUUUUGUUAUUACGGUGUGGUACUAAUGACCACAGAACUAUUCCAUACAUCGUCCGAGCAGUGCAGUUUAUGGGAAAAUAAAAAAGAAGAUACUUGUCAAUUAGACUGUAGUUUGGAACGCAGUGACUAUAUAGAUCUUCUCUGGACAACUUUGGCUGAAUUUCCAGGAAUCUUUUCCACUAUUUUUGCAAUUGAAAAGAUUGGCAGAAAAAAGACAAUGGCGUUUCAGCUAGUAAUGUUCGCUGUACUAAUUUGCUUCUUGGGCAGAGCUUGUCUAUUAAGCAGGGUAGUACUGACACUUACAAUCUUUCUAGCUAGAGGUCUAAUUGCUGGUGUCUUCCAAGCAGCUUACGUAUAUACUCCGGAGGUAUAUCCGACACAUUUGCGUAGUACCGGCGUUAGUACUUGCAGUGCUAUGGCUAGAAUCGGUGCAAUGGUUACACCGUAUAUAGCCCAAGUAUUUCUUCAGUGGUCUAUCACUGGAGCAAUGGCGAUUUACGCUGUAGCAGCGUUAUGUGCUGCUGCAGCCACUCUCGCUUUACCAGUUGAAAUGAAAAGUCAAUCAUCAAAUGAUUCAUCUAAUGAAACCAGAUAAAUUCAUGUUGUUUUCCACUGAUAUCUUUGAAGUUUAUCAGUGCAUUGUUAUUGGAUUACUAUUUUUAUAUAAUAAAACAAAACCUGUAUUCGUUGAUAUCCAUUUA